AUGUCAACCAAUACAUUCAAAUAUACUAGUAGAUUAUCAAACUAUGUAUUUUCAUCACAAUUGAAUACUUUACAAUUCACAUUUGAAACGAUUGUAGUCGCACCAACCUGUGACAAUACAAAUGUUCCAGAGAAUAAUGAAGAAAAUAAUCAACCAUCAUCAUCAAGAACCAUUUUAUCAACAGAUUUUGGUAAUGGAAUAAGCUAUGGUGGCUCGAGCCCAAGUGAUAUGCAUUGGGUUAAAAUGGACGCAAACCAACUCAGCUUGUACUCUAGAUUUACAAACAAAAUGAUUGUUGAUGGUAGAGUCAUUAUGAAUGCAAACACAAUGGCUGCCGAGGUUGAUUCAACCAAUACUGCAGCUCGAGUAACAAUAGUUACUCCUUAUUUUGAAUCCUAUGUUGAAAUUGAUCCAGAUUUUAGUGUAUUAACAGAUUAUGAUAGAGAAGAAAAUACAAUGGAAUGUAGUAAUAAUAAUGAUGAUAGACCUUGGUUAAUUCCAGUCAUUGUUGUAGCAUGUGUAGUUGGUGUAGCAUUGUUAAUAGUUACAGGUGCAAUCAUUUACAAAAAAUCAUCAACUAUUAGAUUAAAGGUACUAUCAUUAAAAUCAAAAUCAAGAGGUUCAGUUAAAAUGAGUAACAGAUAA